UUGCAUGCAUGUCGCCAGAAGCACACACAGUUUGUUCAUACAAGAAACUAUUGUUGUGCAUUAGGAUUUCUUAGCAGAGAAAGGCGGUGAGAGCUACUCUACACUGAAGCACAGUCUAAUAGCAACAUACCUGUUACUUCUCAGUCACUGUUGCCUCCACCCAUGGCCUUUGAGACAAUCCGGAGAGGCCAUGAGAAACUCAUCGCCUUUAUUUAAAGAGUGCCUGAUCUCAUCCUGGAUUAUAUGGCCUCUCUCAGGGCUUAAUCUCCGAGAAUGGUUAUGACACCUUGGAUAAGCUGCAGAACCCAAAGGAGAAGAUGCGAAAACUCUUGAUGAAGAUCCAGAUUAAAGGAGAACAGAGGUGCCAGCAGUCCUUGGAAGGGAGAAGGAGUCUCUUUCCAGAUUUGUCUCCAGACUUAGGGCCUCCAGCAAGUGGUGCAGUCAAGCUUAAUCUGAGCCAAGGCUCAGCCCCACAACCUCUUCAGGAAGUGGACCCAGCCAGGCUACACCUGAAGGAGAGAGUAAGAAGGAAGAGAGUGACCUGAGCAUUGGUAGAAGAGGGCCGCUGAGGAAUACAUCUGUAGCUAGAGGAAGGGCCUUUGGGUCAAAGCUGUGCUUGAGUCCUGGGAUCCAUCAUCUUGCUCUUCUACAGCAUGCCCAAAUCAGAAAGGAAGAAGGCUGUUUCCUAGAAACUGUGAAGACGUUGGGAAAAAAAUGAGCCAGAAAAGCCAGGCGAAGUGCUAUAUUCAGUACUGAAUGGAAGCAAGGACCCAGAAGCAAAUAUAUCCACUGAGCAAGAGCCUGAUUUGGAACAGAGGAGAAAGAGGAAGACAUUUUUGAUGAAACCCAAGGCGGCUUACAUAUGGUUCCCAGGCGGCCUCCCAUCUAAGCACUGACCAGAUCUGACCCUGCUUAGCGUCAGCAGGGAGCUGCCCUUAUGUGCCUUCAGACCAUAGCCUGGGACUUAGAAAGCCUAAAUGCCAUGCCUCGUUCUCACAUGCUGGAAGAUUUACCUUGGUACUUCUUAAGAAAACUGAUGGCCCUCAAUGGGACAGCCAGGAACACAGGCCUUGUGGUAAAGGCUGAGAAGGAUUCAGAUGCAGAGGUUGAUGAUGGGGGUGAGAUGUUCUGUCUGAGGGAAAUGGAUACCAUAGUUUCAGUGAACCCCCUUGAUGUCCCUUCUGCCGUCCUACUUUGCUCAGACAGCUUCCUUGAGCAGGAGAUCUUGCUCAAAAUGACAAUGUGUCACUUUGUCCUCCCUUUGAACUUGCCUCCCUUUCAUGCCCCCAAAUGUACCUUCAUGCUUUGGGCUAUGAGGGAUAUUGUGAGAAAAUGGAGGCCCCAUUCCCUAGCUGAAAGCAGAGGCUUCAAAGAGAACCUGGUGUUUAUCUCCAUGCCAAACAUUUCCUUUGUACAGAUUGGAAAUUGUAGUCUCUCCACAUCCAAACUCUUCAAUGAGGUCCUUAGCUCUCGUCAACACCACCACAAUUUCUUUAUACACCUGUUGCGCUGCAGCCAACUCAGAAGGGACAGGAAGGGGGGAGGCAUGAGUUUCAGGCACCUCCGCAGCCAGAAGAAGCAGAGUUGGGGAUUGUUGUGUCUGAGCAGGAUCGUGUGGGAGGGGGGCAGCCUGCUCUCCAGCCAGUUCCCACGAGUAACGCCCUUUCCGAGGAGCCGAGCGCACCGCCCCCAGUUGAUGCAGAGGACUUGUGGGGGGAAGCUUCAGAGUCAGUGCCAUCUCCUCCUUUACCAAGCAGUUCCCAGGAGGAUUCCAGUGUGGCACCGCCCCCUGACCUCGAGCCCGUUGCUCGGGAGCAGGUGUCUUCAGAUGAGCUGUUGGAUGCGCGUCCCCUGUCUCCUCAUUCCCGUCGCCGCGAGAAACAGACAGGGCAAAGACAGGAAUUACGAAGGAGUCAGAGAUUACGUUCGAAAACAUUUCCUAUAUAAGCCUGCCGCUCCCAGUGGGGGGUCGUUGAGUCAACUUCCUUCACACGCUGCCGAGCAUGUCUAGAGUAUA